AUGGCUACAUCUUUUCCAACCUAUAUAAACGACAAAGCAUUAGCUCAAGAUUUAAUAUUAUCUCAAUUUGAUAAUUUUUUAAUUGAUUGCGAUGGUGUCAUUUGGUUAUCCGAACAAUUAUUGCCUAAAAUCAACCGAUUCUUACAAUUUCUUACAAAUAAUAAUAAAAAGUUUACAUUUGUCACUAAUAAUUCAUCCAAAUCUCGUCAAUCUUAUGUGACAAAAUUUAAAAAUUUGGGUAUAGAAGGUGUCACAAUCGAUCAGAUUUAUACCACAGGGUACUCAGCAGUAUUACAAUUGAAAAAAAUUGGUAUUUUACCAGGAGAGAAAAUCUGGGUUUUAGGAGAUGAAGGCAUUGAGGACGAGCUCAUUAGUGAAGGCUAUAUUCCAAUGGGUGGCAGUAAUGAGCUAUUAGACCAAAGUUGGUCGGAUAAGAAUCCAUUAUUAAUUAUUGAUCCUCAAGUAAAAGCCGUUGUUGCUGGAUCAACUUUAAAUUUCAACUAUAUGAGAAUUGCAACCACUCUACAAUACUUAAUGCACAAUGAUAAAACAUUACCCUUUAUUGGAACUAAUGGAGACCGUAACUACCCUGGAUCGAAUGGAUUAACUUUGCCUGCUGGUGGGAGCAUGGUGGAGUAUAUGGCGUAUAGCUCGCAACGAGACUAUGUCAAUGUUGGCAAACCCGAUAUCACUUUGGCCGAAACCAUCUUGGCAAACACUGGGUACGACAAACUGAAAACAAUUAUGAUUGGUGACACUUUAUAUUCUGAUAUUAAAUUUGGUAAUGAUGCUCAAUUGGGAGGUGAUAACGGUAGUGGGACUUUAUUGGUGUUAUCGGGUGUCACUGACAAAGAAGAAUUAACCAACAUCGUCAACAGUGCUCAUGAGUCUGAACACAGUCAAAGCCUAGUCCCAAGAUACUAUAUCGAUUCAUUAACACAUUUAAUUGAACUUUUAGAAGAAUAG